AAACCUACGCUGUGUUUAUGUGUAUGUGUGUGUGUGUGUGUGUUUACAUAUGCAUGUAUGCAUUUACUUAACAAUUGUGUCAAAGAAGUGUUAAUUUGUGCAUCGUAAAUCAUUUUGAAACGUUUAACGUCAAAACGUUGUCACUGUUGUUGCUGUGCGCAAGAAAUUAGUCACAUACAUAGAGCGGCGCAGCGGCGCAGCGUCACAACGACACAGUCAUCAGUAACUGCAUCAAUCAACAGCAAACAGCAAACAGCGAACAGCAGGAACUCCUCAAGGCGUGUUAUUAUCACGCCCGACGCUACAAAUAUACAUCCUUACAUACAAACAAACAAACAUAAAAGUAAGCAGACAAACGCGCGCACGCACCCAAAUUAGCUACCAAUUACCUAAAAAUAUUUAAAGAAGAACGCCUCAGCAACUCAGUAACUCAGCAACCGAACUAUCUACCUACAUACCCACAUACAUACAUAACUAUAUGCCUAAGUACCAAUAUACCUGCGUUAGCCUUUAAAGUGCUUAGGCUAAACUGCCAGCACUGACCAUAUCUACAUACAUACAUACAUACAUACCGUGGACCGCUCUGCCAUCCAGCUAUAUUUGUAUGUGUAACUAACUAGCACCGCAGUAGACAUUUAAGUGAACUCGCCCUUGACGGUUGUGCGCGUAUGAAUUUGUAUUAAAUGUUUUAACAGUUAAACGCAGUGUAUGAUCAUAAAACUCUACAGGAGCGUUAAUAGAGCCAAAACAACAACAAAUUGAAGUGAUAAUAAUAACAAAAACAAGAAAUCAGUUGUUGUUUCAUCACAUACACAAAGCUUCCGUUUUUCUUUUUUUUGUGGUGUUAUUUUCGUAUUUUUCCCUCCCGCCUACGCUACAACAAAGUACGGGCAUUUUCGCAUACAUCCAGUAUACGCGUUGUAUACAUAUCUAUAUAAAUGUUGUUUGCGCUGGACGCGUUGACCAGUGCAAAACACGUAAUAGAACUUGAAAAAUGUUAUUAGAAAUGGAACAACAACAAGCAACGGCGUCGUUCAUAUCGUCGCUCAAUAUGUCGCCCUUCACAAUGCAACUGGAUCCACAGCAGCCGUCGAGCCCGGCUUUGGGCGGCGCUGGUGGUCCAAAUAAUGUUCAAACAAAUGCCAGCACGGGCGCAGCUGCCAAUCGUGGCGCCAACGAUGCGAGCGCAUUGAGUAAUACCGAAGCGGAUUAUAGCGCUUAUGCGCUACACUUGAGCGCCGGCAGCGGCGGUGGUAAUGCAAGUGGUGGCGGUGGCGGCGGUGGUGGCGGCGGCGGCGGCGGCAAUAAUGAUGGCAGUGGUAGUGGCGCCGCAAAUGCAGGCAACACACAUCAUCAUCAUCAUCACCAGCAGCAACAGCAACAGCAACAUCACCAACAACAACAACAACAGCAACAACAUUAUCAAACACAGCAAUCGCAGCUGCAACAGCAGCAGCAGCAGCAACAGCAACAACAACAGCAGCAACAACAGAAUAUUGCCAACAAUCCCAACUUUUCAUACUCGUAUAUAUAUAAUUUUGAUUCACAAUACGUAUUCCCGACAGGUUAUCAGGACAAUACGUCAUCACAUUCACAACAAAGCGUCGGCGGUGGCGCUAGUGGUGGCGGCGGUGGUGGUAGUAGUACCAGUAGUAAUGCCACCAAUGUUGUUCUACUCAAUGGUGGUAAUCCAAAUGCCAGCGGCGGUUAUAUGACACUCCUGCCACCAGCCACAUCGAGUGGCGGUCACAUGGGCAUAUCGUCCGGUGGCGCUGGACCCAGUCAGGGUGGCUCCGGUGAGGGUAUUGAUUUCAAACAUUUAUUUGAAGAAUUAUGCCCGGUGUGUGGUGAUAAGGUGAGCGGCUAUCAUUACGGUCUGCUGACGUGUGAAUCGUGCAAAGGUUUCUUCAAACGCACCGUACAGAAUAAGAAGGUGUACACGUGUGUUGCUGAGCGUUCGUGUCACAUUGAUAAGACGCAACGUAAACGUUGUCCAUACUGCAGAUUCCAGAAAUGCUUGGAGGUGGGCAUGAAACUUGAAGCUGUUCGAGCGGAUCGAAUGCGUGGUGGACGUAAUAAAUUUGGGCCUAUGUACAAACGUGAUCGGGCGCGAAAAUUACAAGUGAUGCGACAACGCCAACUCGCUUUGCAAGCGCUACGCACAUCAAUUGGUUCGGUUGAGAUGAAAAACUCACCACUCUCACCAGGAUACCAACAAGCAUAUCCGAAUAUGAAUAUAAAGCAAGAAAUACAAAUACCUCAGGUGUCCUCACUCACACAAUCACCAGAUUCAUCACCCAGCCCCAUAGCCAUUGCGCUCGGACAGGUCAAUACGAGUGGUGGUGUGAUAACGACGCCAAUGAAUGGUGGCAAUGGUAGUGGUGGCGGCGGCGGCAGCGGCGGUGGAGGCACAGGUGGUGGUGGUGGUGGUGGCGGCAGUGGCAAUGGUGUCAAUGCCGGUGCCAAUAAUAAUAAUAAUAGCAACAGUGGCAAUGGUAGUGGUGGCGGCGGCGGCAGCGGCGGUGGAGGCACAGGUGGUGGUGGUGGUGGUGGCGGCAGUGGCAAUGGUGUCAAUGCCGGUGCCAAUAAUAAUAAUAAUAGCAACAACACCAGCGAUGGACUCAACCGCAGUAGCAGUGGCAAUUGUCAUGACACUGGAACUGGAUCUCUGCAGAAUGCGUCCGAAUCGAAAUUGUGCUUCGACUCUGGUACACAUCCUUCAAGCACAGCUGACUCCAUCAUAGAGCCACUGAGAGUGUCACCAAUGAUACGUGAUUUUGUGCAAUCGAUAGACGAUCGAGAAUGGCAGACGCAACUCUUUGCAUUGCUACAAAAACAAUCCUAUAAUCAAGUGGAAGUUGAUCUCUUCGAGCUAAUGUGCAAAGUGUUGGAUCAGAAUUUGUUCUCACAAGUGGAUUGGGCAAGAAACACCGUCUUCUUCAAAGAUCUUAAGGUGAGUUUUGCAUUGAAAAUUGAAAAAAGGCAACAUUUGAAAACUAUUUUGUGCANCGAUCAUCUACAUCAGCGAAUACACAACGGACUACCCGAUGAGACGCAUUUGAAUAACGGACAAGUAUUCAAUCUGCUCUGGCUGGGUCUUUUGGGUGUACCACAAUUGUCUGAUUACUUCAAUGAGUUGCAAAAUCGCUUACAGGAUCUAAAAUUCGAUAUGGGCGAUUAUGUGUGUAUGAAAUUCCUAAUUCUACUCAAUCCAGAAGUACGUGGCAUUGUUAACAAGAAGACGGUCUUAGAGGGACAAGAGAAUGUACAAGCAGCGCUGCUGGACUAUACGCUAACCUGCUAUCCAUCAGUGACGGAUAAAUUUCGGCGACUGCUUAGCAUACUGCCCGAUAUACAUGCAAUGGCUUCGCGGGGCGAAGAUCAUCUCUAUUCAAAACACUGCGCCGGUAGUGCGCCCACCCAGACGCUACUCAUGGAAAUGUUACAUGCAAAACGAAAAGUAUAAAUAGGAUAUAAAUGUAAAGGUUACAAAAUGUAAUAAUAUUGCAAAAUAUUGUAUGUAGAUAUGUAUGUAUGUUGUAAGAGAGUAAGGCGAUGAAAGCGCUUCAAAUGCGACAGGUGACAAUUUUUUGGUUGAAGUUGUCGCAUGACGCGAAAUAAAAUCCAGGGUUGGUUAUUAGAUUUA